UUUGUUUAUUUCGCAGAUUUUUUUGAAAAAUUUGCGAUAGGUUUACACUAGAAGUCCUAAACUUUAUAUUAAAAUGUUCACUCUGUGGUCGUUGAUUGAAGCCACCCUGCUUUGUCUGAAUGCAGUUUGUAUCCUGCACGAGGAGCGGUUUUUAUCUAAAUUUGGAUGGGGUGCAUCCGCUCAGGUGCAAGGAUUUGGCGAAGCUCCUACUGUAAAAUCACAGGUAUUGAACCUAGUACGAUCAAUCCGAACUGUUGCCAAAAUUCCGUUGAUCUUCUUUAAUAUUGUAGCGAUACUAUUUAAGAUUAUACUAGGGUAAUACAUAUUGUACAGGAAACACCAACGAUU